GCCACCAAGCUAUACUGCUUCGUGCACAAGACGCCGGUGUGCUUCGACUGCAUAUGCGCUCCCGAUCACCAGCACUGCGUGGUAUGGCAGUACUCGGACUGGGUGAACGACGGCGACUACGACUGGCCGCCGCACUGCGCCGUGUGCAGCGAGUCCCUCGAGGACUCCCACAAGCCCUCCAUCCGCCUCUCCUGCCUCCACGUGCCGCAUGCAGAGUGUGUGAAGAGGCACGUGGAGUCCUUCCCGCCCAACACCGCCCCAGCGGGCUUCACAUGCGCCUCCCCUGGUUGCGGCCUUGAGAUAUGGCCAGCCAGGUCGCACAAGGACUCUGCAUCUGCCCUCUACACGCACCUCAGAGCGCUCCUGGCUCAGACAUCUGUCGCCGACGUCAUCCUGAGCACGCCUGUCACGUCCGACCCAGCAGCAGCCACAGCACUAUCAGACAAACCCGCGCCGCCCGCAUUUGCCUCCGGCCCUCUCGCAGUGGUGGGGCGGGCGGCAGACUCUGCGAGUGCAGGGGCGGAGGGGGAGGCUCGGGGGGAGGCGGGCGGAGCAGUGGAGGAGAGGAACGGCGGGGAGGGGGAGGGCAGUGGGGCGGGGUCGUCAGGAGUAGCAGCAGCGGCUGUGGCGGCUGCAGCGGCGGCGGCAGCUGCUGCUUCAGCUGGGGCCAAGCGCCAAGUGAGUGCCUGGAGGUGGGAAUCGCUGUGCGUGUGCCAGUGGUUGAAUGCGGUUUGCAUGGGUGCACCAGUGCCGCCACCACUCGCUUCUCCCUGUCCCACUCAUCUCGUAUCGCCUCGUCAAGUGAAGGUGAGAAACGCUCACUCCUCCCAACACCCUCUCGCUGUCCUGCCACGCAUCCCACAGCCACAGCAGCAGGGCGGGGUGAACAUUGCCCGCAGCCGAACGGGCGGGUCGGAUCGCACGGCGGUGGACAUCACAGAGGAGAUUGAGACGGCUUACCGCACAGAUGAGGAGGCGGGCGAACGCAAAUACGCCAGACGAGGCCCGGCGCAUCUGCAGUUCCUGCGGGUGCUGGGGUCGUGGUGGUCGCCUGCGCUGCACGCGCUGCCAGUGACGCUCACGGCCACGCACUCGCACCGGAGGGACAAGGACGAGCAUGCACCGGUGGGCGCGCACGAGGAGGGCAGGCGGAGAGCGGGGCAGCGGCGCAGCGGGGGUGUGGACCCACGGAAGCUGCUGCUCGUCGUGGCCAUUGUGUAA